UACUAUCAAGGGUAUAACAAUGUCUCCCAUUUUCAUCGCUUUGCUCAUCGUUGGAGUAGAAUCUGGAUACGUACUAUGUUGCGGUCAAUAUUCUACACUUGCCCAAUGUGAAAAUCCUUGUCCAAAAACGUGCGCUAACCGCAAUGAUCUUAAAAUUCGUCCAUGUCCUAAACAGAUAUGUCGAGAGGGUUGUAACUGCAUGGACGGAUACGUGAAAGAUGCAAAGCAGAAUAAUGAAUGUGUUUUACCCAAAAAUUGUAUCCCGUAA